CAAUAGUCUUGUUUGGACGAACUUCAAGCCAUGAAUUAUUUAUGAGGGUUUUUAUUGGUACAUUUAGUUGAACGGUUUAUUAAUUACAAAAGUACAUUACAUUAUAACAGACGUAUAAGACGAGGACGUGUUUAGACGAACCAACAGAGAAGCACGAUGACUCUAAAUCUCAGAUAAGGAAAGGCACAGCAAUUAUUAUGGAUUUAAGGAAUUAAAAAUAAUGGACAGAAGAAAUGAAAGUAGUUUUUACCAAUAAUUAAUAUAAUAGGAGAUGUUUCUGGAAUUAUUACCCGUUUUAUUAUCUAAUGGAUAUUCAUAGUAUUACUUAUAAAGGGCAACUUCCAAGAUGACACAUGUGAAGCAUCGCAAAAAGCACAAAAAUACCAGCAAACAAAUAGUGGUGGAACCAUGUCAGGAACCUUAUCAUGGUCCUUACGGAGCUCAUCCACUUACCCAUGUUGGGUACUUGGAAGGACGCCAUUUACAUCCUCGGCGUCUACCGACUUCCAAUGGACAACGGGCGGUUUCUUUACGGUUGCUAGAUACUAGCAAGGAAACGAUUGAUAAUGUACAGCAGCUCACAGAAACGUUACGUCGUCUUCAACUCGGGGGACUCAAACUCAAGAAGGUGCCAGAAACGUUGGUCGCGCGUCUCUCGAACCUGAAAAAAUUAGAUUUAGGAGAGAAUGAACUUGGAGACAGCAGUUUUCCCGAGACUAUGACCGAUCUGGAAGGUCUGAUCGAGAUACGCUUAAACGAUAAUAAACUGACCAGGUUUCCCGCAUGUCUUAAAAAGUUGAAAAACUUGUGUCGGUUGGAUAUGAGCAACAACAGACUGGAAAGUGUUGUAGGACUAGAAAAACUACGAAAAGUGCAAGUCUUAGUGUUGGAUAAUAACAAGUUGACUUCGGUAAUAAAAGAAAUUUCAAAUCUAAAAAGACUGGAAAUUUUACGCUGUAGUGACAAUAAAAUUAAGGAGUUAACUCAUGAAAUUAGAAAUUUGCAAGCAUUGGUUGAUAUUGACGUUUCGAACAAUAAACUGACAGUUCUCAACACAGAGUUGUUCAUGUUACCGAAACUAGAGUUUCUAAAUGCUAGUCAUAAUAACAUUAGUAAGAUACCAUCCUUCAAUAUCAAACCACAUCAAAAACAUUGGAUAUCCUGUCUCGAUAUUUCAGAAAAUAACUUGACCAAGUUUCCGGGACACUUAAUGCUUAUGUCUCAUCAAUUAGACAUAUCGAGUAACAAAAUCAAAGUGCUUUCAUGGAACGUUAUUAAGAAACUGGACACAGAAGUGGACCAGGAAUUAGAUCUCGGAGGUAAUCCUCUGAUUUAUCCACCUGCUGCAGUUUGUGAAAACGGGUUACGGUCUGUUACACAAUUUUUCCAAGAGUCUCAGUUGGAUGCAAAAGUCUACCAAGGAAUUAAGAUAUUAGUGCUCGGAUCGCAUCGUAGUGGUAAAUCCAGUCUGGUACACAGUCUGGUUGACCAGCAGGCCAGGUUAGUCAGAGAAAUAGACGAGGAAUCUGCUGUAAUAGGUGUGUACGAAACAAGCUUUGAUUACGAUCUAGUAGAUGGUCGACCAAAUAAAUUUUUACAGCUAUGUGUUUGGGAUUUUUGUGGGCACCCGUUCUAUUGCUAUCCCCAUUAUGUAUUUUUUGAACAAUCAGCCAUUACGAUUCUAACUUUCAACAUGGCGGCUUACAAAGAGGAGCUGUUCUAUGAAAUGGUUGGCUCAUGGUUCGAUUGGAUGAUCGCUAAAAACAAUAAACUUGUUGUAUUGCUGGUAGCCACACAUAGUGAUCUCGUUCCACAAGAACAGACCAAGGUAAUCUGUGAUAGUGUCUGUACUCAACUCACGCAACAUAUGGAAAAGGGGAAGAAUAUGAUCGAGCAGAGGAUACGAAGAAUCGAGCAACAUUCUUACAUCUCACCGACACUUUCUGAGCAACUGAAAUCAUACGUGUUCCUACUGAGGUCCAAAUUUACCGUUCAAACUAAUAUCAUACUUACAAGUUCAGCUAAAUACAAAGGUUUCGAUGUACUCACCAGAGCUAUUGAAACUUUAUCCAAUGAUGUCAAGCUUUUCCCGAAUGUAAUGCGUGUGAUUCCUACCUUCUGGGUUCAGGUGGAAACGUACCUAGAAGAAAGAGGUAUUGCGAUGGCAGUGCCUGUAAUGAAAUGGUAUGAAUAUAGAGAUGAGGUUGUGGGUAAAUUUGGAAUGAAACAUCUUCUUAAUGAUUUGACCGAGUAUUUACAUGAAACUGGGAAAGUGAUUUGGUUUUCAAAGGUGCAAGGAUUGAAGGACUACGUCAUAUUACGACCAGCGUGGUUGUUUGAUGUGUUGAAACUAGUCUACAGACACGAUGCUGAGGAUACUUUGACUUAUACCCAUGAUGAUAAUUUUAAAACUGUUGGCAUUAGUCAGGUCAAAUUUGAUCGCAUGAAACGUGAUUAUGUGACAGAGGGCAUUUUAGAUAGGGAAUUUUUUAAAGGCAUGCUUUUACCCCAACUCUCAACCACUAACAUUAAUCUGGGGUCACAAAUAGAAAAGGUUAUGAAUCUCUUACUCGAGGCUUUUCAGAUUGGAUAUCAAGUCAUCAAACGCCCGAAGGACACCUUCACCACUUUCAGUUUGGAUCAAGACAAGUUGGAAGAAGACAGAGAAAAAGAGAAAUCUAAAAAGUAUGUUCAGUAUCUAAUACCUUGGAUUCGAAAGACAUCUGAGCCAUCAGACAUGAUAGAAAAAUGGGAAAGCAUAUCAAAUAGACGUCGUGUUGUGAUCCGCUACGUUUUCCCACGGUACUUACCACUCGGAAUAUUUGAGCUUAUGUGUACUCGUGCCCAUGGAGAACAGUUCAACCUGAAGUUCCUCGCUCAUUGGUAUGGGGGAGUUCAUGCUGUGCAUCGACAACAGACCAUCAGAUUAGUGAUGAGGUGUUUACAAGAAGAAGAUGGUAGCACGAUAAUUAAGUUUGAUCUGAGAGAUGAUACAGAAGGAGAAGAUGAAGUGCCGGCAGCUACAAUGUGGACAUUGUUAUUACCAUUAUUAACAGAAUUUGACGCUUUACUGAAAAACUUUACAGGAAUUUGGGUAGAGAAAUUUGUUGAAUGUCCUCAGUGCCACGAACCUUCAUUUCCAGGAGAAUGGACAACGCCAAAAGAAACACAAGCUCUACCCACAAAACUCUGUGAUCUGUGCGGAGAGAAUGUAGAUACUGCACUCUUGGUGCAACCAAAGACUAAAAAUAAAGACGAUGUGCUUUUAAGUAUACGCAACAAGAAAGCGCGAUAUCGUAGGGCAGCCGUAACCACGGAUAUGCAAGUAGAAGAAAAUAUUUCGAAGAUUAGCCCAAACUCCAGAAAACCAAAAGAAUUUUCUACGCCUGAUGGCUAAAUCGAUCAAGUCGAUGUUAGUUUCCGCGGCAAAUCUAGAAAAUCUAUACCUGAAAAUAUUCGUUCUCUGAUAAAGAAAUAUGACGGUGGCCAAUAAUGUGUUUUGGUGGGCAAUAAUAUGUUUGUGUUGUCUGUUAAAUUAAAACACAUCUGAACACGAGUAGUAGACCUGGGGCCUGUUUCACGAAAUAUUAAGUAAGAUAAAAUCCAAAUUUUAGUAAUUUGAUUGGAUAAUAUUAGAUUGAUUUUAGUGCUUAGCCAAUCAAAUUGACGUAUCUACUAAAAUUUGGAUUAUAUCUUUAGUUAAGGUUUCGAGAAACAGGGCCCAGAAUACCAUUAUAUAGAGGAUAUUUGUCGUUUUAGAGUGAAUAACAUAUUUUAUUUCAUCGAGAAGCAAGAAAACUUAUAUUUUCACGAAUGCGUAGCAUGAGUGAAAAUAUAAACGUUUUCUUGCUUAGAGAUGAAAUAAAAUAUGUUAUUCACGAUAAAACGACAAAUGUUCUAUUUAUUUUAUGAUUUUACAAUUAUUUUAGGUAAAAACAACAUGGACUACUUUGCCAGUGGAAUAACACUUUUAUUUCACUGAUAAAACGCGGUAUUCCACUACUGAUCAUAAAAUAAAUGAUGAUACUGUGUGCCAAAACUCAUAUCUGACAACAGAUCCCCUCAAAAUUGCCCUCCAGUAAAUUCAAAAAUUAGUAAGUGGCCAUUAUUCAGUGUUGUAAAGUCUGCAUUUUAUUUCAAUUAUAAAAUGAAUAUUAUCAUUUGAUGAGAUGCAUUUAUAACCUUUUUUUUUUUAAAAAAAAUAAAAAAAAUAGGCCCA